UGGAAAAAGAGUGAGAUCAAAGGUCAGGGUGGGAGGGCUGGGCAGGGCAGGAGUUGGGGCCAGAGCCCAGGACAGUGUCAAAGCGGACACGUCGUACACAACAUCCAGGAGCCUGACAAGGACCAUGGCACCACCGAUCUGGGCCCUCCUGCUGCUUGGCCUGUCUGUCCUGCCUAGAUCCUGUUUAUCAGAGCCAGUCCGUGAUGACUUUAUGGAGGGGCAGAAACAGGAGAAAGUCCCCCUGCUUCUCCUCCUCAAGUCAGGCAACCAGGAUUCAGACAGGACACCAGUGGGUCCCACGGGGCCACCAGCAAACUCUGGGGCUUUGAACUUUCCCACGGACACCCAGGAGCACCCCAGUAAAGCAGAUUCCUUCAUCUCUGGGGCUCCCACAUACGAUCCCCUCUCGAAGGUGUACAGUUGCCUGAUACCCUUAGAGGAGGCCUGGCAGAGAGCGGAGGCUGGCUGCAAGGAGACCCCCUCAGCAGAGCAGACCCACAAGCUGGCCGAGGCCAUGAUGGAGUUUACUUUAGACCUGUUCGCCAAAGUCCUGCAGACAUCCACGAGUCCCAAUGUGGUCCUGUCACCCCUCAGUGUUGCUUUAGCACUGUAUCAUCUCGAACUAGGAGCCAAGACUAAGACGGCCCAGCAACUGCAAAAGGCCCUGCGUGUGGAAUCUGCGUCCUGCCUGCACCAUACGUUGAAUGGCGUCCGCCAGGAGCUGGGCCGCACAGCCCUACGCAUGGCUGCCAGGAUGUACCUGGAAAAAGGCCUCCCAGUCAAACAGGAAUUCCUGGAGCAGUCAGAGAAAUUUUUUGGUGCGAAGCCCGCCAUCUUAAAAGGGAACGAGAAGGAUGACCUUCAGGUCAUCAACCAAUGGGUGAAGGAGGCCACGCAGGGGAAGAUUGAGAACUUCCUGUCAGAGCUCCCAGCAAACACGGUGAUGCUACUCCUUAAUGCCGUGUAUUUUCAGGGAUUCUGGAAGACCAAGUUUGAUCCCAGCCUGACCAAGACUGAUGUUUUUCAUCUGGAUGAGAAGUACGUAGUCCCCGUGGUAAUGAUGAAGGCCAAGAAAUACCCUCUGCGCUGGUUCUUGCUGGAACAGGCAGAUGUGCUGGUGGCUCAGUUCCCUUUCAAGAACAACAUGAGUUUUGUGUCCGUGGUCCCCAGCCAGUUUGAGUGGAAUGCCUCCCAGGUUCUGGGCAAUCUGAGCGGGGCUGCCUUGUACCAGCCCUUCAUGAAGGAGAGGCCCACGGAGGUGAUGCUCCCCAAGCUGCACCUGGACCACCAGAUGGACCUGGUGUCGACCCUUGGCCAGUUGGGCCUCCAAGAGCUGUUCCAUGACCCAGACUUACGUGGGAUCUCAGAGAAGAAGCUUGUGGUGUCCAGUGUCCAGCACCGGGCCACUCUACAGCUGGACGAGGCUGGUGUGGAGGCAUCUGCUGUCACCAGCGUGGUCAUGUCCCGCAUGUCCCUCUUCUCUGUCAACAUGAACCGGCCCUUCCUGUUUUUCAUCUUCGAUGAUAUCACCCACCUUCCACUCUUUGUGGGCAGUGUCAAAAACCCCAACCCCAGUGGGCAGAAAGAGAUCAAGGAACAACGGGAUGCCCCUGACAAUAAGGAUUUCCUCCCAGGACAAAAAUUCUUCUUUGUGAAAGACAAGUUCUUUGGCCCCAACUUGAAAUUCUCUCCCCCCAUGGAGGAAGAUGACUACCCUGAAGCCCAGAACCCCAAGUGAAGGCAGGUGGAGUUGUGGCACCAUCCUGUACCCUCCAGUCCAAUCUGAGUUUCACCACUGAGACUGGGUUUGAGGCAAGGACUCUGACCUCUUUUGACUGUUUCCAACCAGUCUGCCAAUAUGGGAUGAGGCACUGGUGCCAGGGGAGGGGUUUGGGAUCAAGAAUAGAGAUUAAGUGGGACAGGGGAGGAGAAGAUGAGAAGAUCCCAUUCCCUUCCCUUCUCCUUGGGGUAAUGGUGGGACUGGGGUGGGAGGGCAGGAAGGGGUAGGACAUUAAGGAAAUGUAGGCUGUCAGGGGUGGGAGGGAUGGGCCACUUUAUCCUCCUGUGUUAGCCAUUGCAAAAGGGCUGGGAGGAUUUCUCUUUUCUGGGGCUUGGGGCUUGCACACUGAUUGUCAGUGACAGAGGUCAUUCACAAAAGAAAGUGCAGCACUUCACAGUUUGUUUACAGUUAUUCUGGUGGAGGAGGAGGUAGGGGUACAGAGGUGGAAGGUGAGGGAGGGGGCAAAAACUGCUUGGUGCCUCUCCUGACUGUAUAGGAUUGGGACAAACCCACCAGUGUUGAUGGAACACACAAUCAUCUUACUCUGAGGAAAGGGCUGCCUAUUGGCAGGGGUAGUGGGAGAAAAAAGAUGGCAACCAAUUCAUCAGAAUCACAGAUGCUAGAUUUGUAAGCUGGAAGGGACCUUAGAGAUCAUUUAGUUAAACCUCCCUUCAUUUUACACAUGAGAAAACAAGUCCCAAGAGACAGACUUGCCCAAGGUCACAGUAGCUAGUAGACCUCUGGUUUCAUGUACUGCACACCACUGGUGAUAUCGUAGCAAGAGUAUCUAACUGGGCUUUAGUCCUGGCUCUUCUGUGUACCUUUUGGAAGGUUUAAUGAAGGGGGGUACACUAGAUAAUCCCCGAGGUCCCGUCUCGCCCUCAUGUUCCCAGAGUUGAUGGCAACAUCAAGGUGAAAUCCUGGACAGAGGAGACCCUCAUUGGCCUAGUGGCAAGUUCUCCCAAUCCCACAGCAACCCAGGCCUGACCCCACUUAAACUUGCCUCAGCUCGCCUCCAACCAUCCCCAAGGAUCCCAAAGUCACCAGAUUGGUUCUCCUUCUCUCCUCCGAGCGCUGCUUGUCGUGGGCAGGGGGGGCGAUUGGAGGCUUGUUUUGUAAAGUUUUUCUAGUGAUUUUUAUGUCUUCUGAAUAAUAAAGAAUGAAUUGGC